AGUGAAAAGCAUGUAGGUACAAAGAAGAGACCCUUGGGGCUUGGGCUACCAAAAGCUUCUGUCCGGGAAUCUAAAUGGUAAUGGAGAUGGAAGAGGAAUACCAAGAGGUAAUAAUAGAAUCAGGAAAUUACCAAGAGGAUGAUGAUGGCACUGAAGAAGAUGACGAUGACGAUGACGAUGACGAUGACGAAGAAGCAGAGAAAUGGAUGAAGCACUACUCAUCCAGGCAGCGAAUAUUGUUGGUUGGAGAGGGAGACUUGUCCUUCUCCCUAUGCUUAGCCAGAGCAUUUGGCUCUGCCCGCAACAUGGUUGCCACUUCUCUCGAUGCUCAGGAUGAUCUAGCGAGGAAGUACAGUUAUGGGAUAGGGAAUGUGAGGGAGCUGGAAGAGAGGGGUUGCUUGGUGUUGUGUAAAGUUGAUGCGGAGCAGAUGAGCCAACAUUUCUUCCUCAAGACUCAAAGGUUUGAUCGGAUCGUCUUCAAUUUCCCCCAUGCUGGAUUUCACUACCCCGAGGAUAACAACUGCCAGAUCAAGUUGAACAAGAUGUUGGUAAAGGGUUUUUUGAAGAAUGCUAAACUUCUCUUACGGAAACAAGGAGGGGAGAUUCAUGUGUCACACAAGAGGGGCUACCCUUACGACAAAUGGGAUUUAGUGAAGAAAGCAGAGAAGAUAGGCCUCGUUUUGCAUGAAAUUGUGCCCUUCCGCAGGGAUGACUAUCCAGGUUAUUACAACAAGAGAGCCCAUGGUAGCCAUUCCGAUGAUCCAUUUCCACUUGGGCAUUGCUCUACUUAUAAGUUCCGCCUCUCCUCUCAUCAGUUUGCUUAGAAAUUGUACACUUGUUGUUGGAUCAUGCAUGUUUGGGACUUCUUAGAAAUGCAUGUCCAUGUUCUCUUCGUUCUAACGCUUGUGAAAAUUAAGGGUUGCUCCUUCAUCCAAUUAAUGGAAAUAUUUGGCAAAUCUUACCUAUCA